AUGGACACUCCUUCGUUCAUAAAUAUUCUUGACGAUAGUCCGCAUGCCACCCUGUUGGAUGCUGUACGGGGCCGACAAGAUCGCUUCACCGUUCUGCCGUUGUUGGAAGCCGAGUUGCAUCGUAGCUCACUCCGGCUCCAGCGCCUGAAAGAGCAUCGCAACAUACUCGCAUCCCCCAUGUACAGCCUUCAUCCUGAGAUACUCGCCCAGAUCUUGACCGUAGCCGCUCGAGACAACGACGAGCUCUUUGAUUUGCGCUGGACCCGGUUCAUGCUUGUUUGUCGGCGCUGGCACAACGUCGCGAAGGAUAUACGUAGCCUUUGGAGUUCCAUAGAGCUCAACGUGGGCCGGCCUUAUCCCCGGCGCGGCUCUCCCAACAUGAUCGACGGCGAUGAUCUCGAUGUCAGACGCGUGGAGUCGCAGAGGUUUCGGGCUGGACUGUCACCGCUCACAGUCAGACUGCGACUCCACGGGGUGGUACCCCCGGCAAAGUUGCCUUACGCCCGCAUGUUUUGGAUUCCAAGCCGACUCGCGUCACUCGAUGUCAGUGCGGAUACUGCCCAUCUCGAUGGAGUGGUUUCCUCUAUGGCGCCGCACGAACAUACUCUGCUCCAGGAUCUCACAAUGACAUGCCUUCAGACUAGACGCGAUAUUGCCGGGACUCGCGAAAUCGAAGAGGUACUGAGCCGGCUACUGAGCGACAAAUUACCUCGCCUGCGGCAUCUAUCGAUAGCGGGCAUCUUAUUCCACCCAUCGUCAUUGCGUGGAGGACUACGCAGUCUGCGCAUCCGCGUGUAUGCCACUAUCCCUAUGGACCUUCAGGAUCUCCUCUCUGCGUUGAGUCGAUGUCCUGAGCUGGAAGUCCUGAGUCUUUCGUUGCCAAAGGGGCUGCGAGAUGAAUCCACGCCUACAUCUAUCACAGUGCCGAUGGUCCAUCUACAAGAUAUCGCCGUGGAAUGUCCUGUCCAGAUAUGCAUCAUUAUCUUUCAAACAUUGAUUAGUAUACCGGCUGCAGCAAGGAUUGCUGUCGCCGCCGGUCUCGUCGAGGAAAUUGCACCAAUCCUCGAAUUGGCAGCGUAUCUUCGCGACCAUGCUGCUCGCGAGAAUGCUCCCGCCAUCCGUUCUGUGGCCAUGACUAAGUUUCCGUCUCUUCGGGACUUCCCAGACCUGGCGCUUGAUGGCGGUGUCCCCCCUCCCCCUCCUCCCGCGAUUUCCAGAUUCCAGGUCGGAAUUGUUGCACAUCAACGAUCGAACGCGCGCGAGGCGAGGGCUCUUCAUCAUCCGCUCGCUCAUCAAGACGCACGUUAUAUCGGGCUCGAUGCGCAAGUCUCGCCAUCCCUCGAGAGAGAGUACAUGGGCGGCGUAUUGCAACUCUGGCCAUUAUCCCGAGCGACGCAUCUGGAUUUACGGUUCACUCAAAUAUUUCGCGAAAAUGUCGCAAUGUUCCUCGCGAAUCUCCCCGCACUGACCACAGUCAUACUGAGGCCUGAAUCCACCGACUCGCUCGCGUUCAUCACGACUCUUCGCGCGCAACUACAGGGCGAUGGGCGGCGUGCGGUGGCCCAUAUCAUCUUCGAUGCGCAGGAGCUAGAUCGGCAUUAUAGCCGUCCAUCUUUUCACAUGUCUCACACAACAACUCCUAGGGUACUUGCACGAAGAACCCUCAUACGCGUGCUGUGUUACUGCAAAGCGGCCUCUCGCGCCGGUGUGCCUUUGGAUACAGUGGAAAUCGUAAACGAGCCUCAAGAGGGGAGUCAGAGUCUCGUGCAUGGAGUGCCCGGCGAGGUGAACUGGGAGGAACUGUACCAAGACCUUGAGAUAGGUUUUGUAUAUGGGGGUAUUCUGCACAGUGCCAGACGAGAACUCGACGGCAUGAAGUGGGACUUUUUCAAACACGCCGUAUACGCUGAGUAG